AUGGCUUCCCGUUUAUUGCGUUAUGUUCGAACCAAGGAGUUUAGGGACUAUCUCAUGAGCACGCACUUUUGGGGCCCUGUGGCCAACUGGGGGCUGCCAUUAGCGGCCCUAGGUGACCUCAAGAAGAACCCGGAACUAAUCAGCGGCAAGAUGACUUUUGCUCUUCUCUGCUAUUCAGCACUCUUCAUGCGCUUCGCUAUCCGAGUUCAGCCCCGCAACAUGCUCCUCUUUGCCUGCCACAUAACAAACGAGACAGCCCAGCUUGUCCAGGGUGCGAGAUUCAUCGACUUCUGGCAUAUCAAAAAUGAGGACCAACGAGAGGAGAUAAGGAAGUACUUUCUAAUGGGACCCACGGCGGAGGCUGCCGCUCAGUGA